AUGACACUCAAACAGCACAACAAGGAAAUAGCAAUUCAUCAUCACAAUCAUCAUAGUGAAGAGGAUUUAGAGAGGAUAUAUAAAAAUUUUAUUCCGAUUCCCUUCUCUAGUGCACUUAGGGAAAGAUUACAAUUAUUGUCACUCAAUCCACCGAUCGGAUGUGUAGAAACAACACUCAGUGAACAAUAUUAUUUUCAUAGAAUUAAUGAUAAAAACUUUCUGGGACAUCAUAAUUUAGUAUUGGCAGCAGAUAUUAUUCCAAAAAGUGUCAAAUUACAGGAGGGUACACAAGAUGAUAUUGAAAUAGUGAGAGCUGAAGGGGAGAAACUAAAGGAGAAAUGUAAAAAGUGUAUUGAUAUUCUGAAAUAUAGACAUCCAAUGUUGUGUGCCAUUCCUACACUGAAGGAUAAACUGAAGAAGAAAAUCAAUUCAAAGAUUUCAUCACAUUCGGAUAAUAUUGAAAAAGUUUUACACGAAAUAUGGACGAAAGAAAUUGUACAAUCACGUGGAACUAUUCAAUUCGAAAUUGUGGAUCAAAUCACUGUGGAUAUUCAAGUAUUAUUGGAUGAAAAUUCGAUAAAUCCUGACAAUAUUGAAAUCGAAAAUGAAGAAGAGCUUGUAAAAUUACUAAUUAAUCACGAGAUUAUUCAUUCAUGGGAUAUUUUACGAGAUCCAAAUUCAGUCCAAGCAAUGUGGAGGUUGACCAUCACAAAAUCAAAACACACAGAUGGGAAAUGGGUGUGUUGUUUUACAUUUUUUCAUGCUCUUUGUGAUGCUACGAGUAUAAAAAUCUUCCUUGAAGAGUUUGCCUCAUUAUUCGAUUACAUGUAUGGAGAAGUACAGCUUGUCGAUGUGGAAAAAGAGUUGAUGGAGGUAAAGAGGAAAGCCUUAGAAAACAUUCAUUCUCUACUUCCACCCUCACCUAUUCAAAUUCUGGAAAUGCUUAAAUCAAAAACUGCUCCACAAAAAAAGAAGAAUGAUCAAUCUCCAACAGAAACUAGCAGUAGCACCAGUAGCUCAACUAGCUCCACUCCAACUCACCACCAUGCAGAGUCAGAUAUUCCUAAAAAACUUGGAAAACUUGGAGGAUUAUUAUUCUAUUCUAGAUUUGUGAGUCAAGUGAUUAGUUAUAAUGGUUUGUCUCCAAUAAUAUCAUUUCCACUAAAAUCUCCCUAUCCUGAGCCAGCACAGACUAAGGUUCUCAUUCGACAUACCAGUAAGUUAACACUUACCAAGUUGAUUGAAAAAACCAAGACACUUGACCUCACAGUUACAGCAAUAGUUCAAUCGAUUGGAUGUUUGGCAUGGGUUCUCUCUUCAAGGUCUUACAAUGAAAAAGCGAGAGAAAAGACAACCUUUGGUUUUACUAAUACCAUAACAGUGGAUUUUAGAGAAGGUAUUCUCCUUCCACUCGGGAAACCAAAGGACAUCUUUAGAAAUUAUUCCUCAGCACUUUUAUCAACCACCAGAUUGCACAUUCCCCAAAACAUAUCCCCUAAUAAUGAAUCGGAUAUUGAUAAAUUGAUUGAAAUAAUAUUAGAUGGAUCCUAUCAAACGAGAAAUUGUCUCAAUAAGAAGUAUCAUGACACUCUAUCUACCUAUCAAAUAGUUCACAAAUUUCUGAAAUUUGACAUUAGUAAGAAGGAAUCUUUCCAAAUGGUAUUCAGUAAUAUAGGUAAAUUGGAGAAUUUGACAGGACAGAAUGUCAGAUUUGAGCUCAUCUCAGCGGCUUAUUCUGCCAUUGGCAACACGAAUGGUAUUUCCAAUAUUUUCUACACCAACUCAAGGACUGGAGAAUUGAUCUUUUCAAUAUGUUAUCCAGAGAGCGUACAUUACGAACAUGUUCAAAGGUAUUUGGAAAAUAUGAUGACAUGUUUGGAACUUUUUGCAAAUCACACCUUAAGCCCUCUUCUUUUAAGAAAAACUGAAACCAAAGAUAUUGCCACUACUCCAGUAAAACCACAUCAAUAA